GUUUAAAAUUUAGUUUAUUGUGCGACGCGGUGCUGUUUAAAUCAAAUAAAUACUUCCUUGGCAAAUAUUGCGGUUCGGUUCGUUAGUUAAUGCUCAAUCAUGCCGAAAAUUGAUGCGGAAACACAGAAACUUUACGACGAAAUCAAUGGAAUGAUACAAAAGUUUAAGGAUGACCAAAAAAGCAAGGCGGAUUGCACUUUGGCCGACAAGUGCGGCGACAUGGGCGACAUCCCCAAAAUCCGUUUCUCGUCGAAAAAGAUCCUCAAGGGGCACAUCAAUAAGGUGAACUCCGUACACUUUGCUGGGGACUCGAGGCACUGCGUCACCGGCUCCUUGGAUGGCAAACUGAUCAUCUGGGACACAUGGACCGCCAACAAGGUGCAGAUCAUCCCUUUGAGAUCGGCCUGGGUUAUGACGGUGGCCUUUUCGCCAUCGGGAAACUUUGUGGCAUGUGGCGGUAUGGAUAACCAGUGCACGGUCUACGAUGUAAACAACCGGGAUGCCUCCGGCGUGGCCAAGAUGGUCAAGGAACUGAUGGGCUACGAGGGAUUCCUUAGCUCGUGUCGUUUCCUGGAUGAUGGCCAUCUUAUCACGGGCUCGGGAGAUAUGAAAAUCUGCCAUUGGGAUCUGGAGAAGGGCGUCAAGACAAUGGACUUUAAUGGUCAUGCUGGCGAUAUUGCCGGUCUAUCCCUGUCCCCCGAUAUGAAUACUUACAUCACAGGUUCUGUGGACAAAACUGCCAAGUUGUGGGAUGUACGCGAACAGGGCCACAAGCAGAUGUUCUUUGGUCAUGACAUGGAUGUGUCCUCUGUCUGUUACCAUCCCAGUGGCUUUGGAUUCGCCUCCUGCUCGGAGGACCAGACGGCGCGCAUGUACGACCUGAGGGCGGACCAGCAAAUCGGACUCUAUGAGCCGCCCCAAAAGAACACGGGCUUCACUUCGUGCGCUCUAUCGACCAGCGGACGCUACCUCAUGUGCGCCGGCAUUGAGGGCAACGUGCAUUCGUGGGAUACAAUGAAGCAGCGGCACACGGGCACAAUGUCUGGUCACGAGAACCGCAUCACUUGCAUCAGCCUGUGCCCCAACGGCAUGUGUCUAGCCUCGACCAGUUGGGAUCAGCAAGUGCGUCUGUGGCUAUAAUCUGGUUUUAAUAUGACUCUGAUCCGAUCUGAUCUGGGUUCAAUAUCGUCCAUUAACAAAUGCUACGUUUUUACCAGUGCUUUAAAAGUGAAACCAACUGAUGUAGAUGACAGAUUUUACAGGAUUUCGGAUUUCAUUUGGAUUGUAUUAUUAUAAUUCCCUCUUUAACCCAUUGAUCCUUAAAAUCUGUCAUUUAUGUAGUUUUGAAAAUGCUUUAAGGCCUACAUAUAAUAAUGUUAGCUAAUUAAUUAAUUAAAGAACAAAAUGUAGUUACCAGUAAUUUGGCAAGUGCAAAGGGCACAGCUUGAAUAAAGAUUAUGAAAUAGCACU